CGUCUUCGUUCGGCUGUUUCUUGUAUGCUGCUAAUUUACGCUAGCUGCCUAAUUUAAUAACAAUGAUCAUCCAGAAAUCCCACUGUAAUCAAUGUUACGAUUGUUAACUUCUAGAAAAGCUAAAAACUCGUAAUCAGAGCUAAACAACGUUCCCACUCGUACAUUGAGAGUGGUAAAAAGGAAGGAAAAAAAACGGGAGAUGACACGACGAAGGGUGGAGAAAGAAAUGGAGGGAGGAAAGGAAGGAGAAUAGGGGAGACGACUGUUUCCUUCUUCAGGAGGAAAAGAAAAUUCGGGACAACUGCAUGUCCGGAGUGAACGUGCCAACGUAUCGCUGUAUGUAUGAAAAAGUCAGUCAAGUAAGGGAGAGCUGCGUGUACAACAGUGGGCAGUUUAAAGAGGCGUCUCCUCCCUCUCUAAAUCUCCACUCCCCGGGGAGUUCGCACUACGGAGCACGGGAUGGAGGGAGCAAAGGAGAAAGAGAGGGAGCGGGGGGAGGAGAAAGAAAGCGAUGAGGCGGAGGAGGAGGAGGAGGACUUUGGCGAGGCUGCAGAGGGGGCGGCCCUGGCAUGGCAGGAGGGGUAUGCUGAGGAUGACCUCGGCCUUCCCAUCAUGCACUGGGAGGCCCUGAGCCUGCGGAUUGCCGAGCUGGAGAAGCAGGAGGAGGAGAGGAGGGAGAGAUCGAAGAGUGUGCUGGAGCGUGCUGGUGUGGUGGGGGCCAUGGAAGAAGAAAGGGAACGAGGCAGUAGGAGGGAAGCCUGGGAAGACGGAGAGGAAGAUGACAACAAUCGGGUCUCUGCUCUAACCUCUCGGCUGCAAAGCCAGAUGAAUCUGCAACUCUGCUUCAUUAACAACAGUGAGAGCGAGGAUGAAGAUGAUGAUGCUGGGAGAGAGGCUUCCCCGGUGGCUGGGAUGGGGGGGCGUGGGCCUUCCCAACAGACCCCUCCCCCUUUGACCACAGAUGGAGCUAAACCAGCAGGGCUGAAGCUGGAAGUUAAGGCGGCACUGAGCGCGCUCAGAAACAAGUUGCGGACCAAGCACAAAGAGAAAGAGCGGCCUGCAUGCAGUGACAUGGUGAUGCAGAGGAAGAGACUGGAACGCAGUGAUCUACAAACCCUCAGCCUGAAGCAGCUGAACGCACUCAGAACCUCCCUCAGCCAGGCUAUCCAAGACCUGAGCUCAGAGCUGGUGGGUCUCCUCCUAACCCGGGAUCAGCUCCGGACGGAGCAGGACGCCAUGCUUCUGGAGGUGCAGGACAUGACGUCGCUGUGACGCGGCAAUCGAAAGUGUCCGCGCUGCGCCACUCGAAGAGCUCCCCUCGAGGACACCGCUGGAGGAAGAACAAGAUACUGUGAAUUGCAUUUGCUCGGAGUGACUGUGGCCGAAUUGCACAGGGGCACUUGGCCUUACCUGGACACUCAUGCAUUUUUUUUGGUUUUGUUUUCUUGUUUUUGAGAACCUGUCCAUCAGGUUGACAUCUCAGUGUUGACAAAUUAGUAUCUGAGGGACCGCUAAGCUGCUAUUGCCACCCAAGGAACUGAGGGACACGGUGCCAUCCUCAUCUUCAUUUUAAAUAACUGAUAACUAGUUGUCAUUAUUUUACAUGUCUUUCCUGACCUCUGUCUGCGGGGGUGAUGGUACAGGAUGAGGUCAUCACUAUGGGAUGGACACUGGCCCAGGACGA